GCUAACACGAAGAAAAAAACUCAUGUCGGUGCAUAACUGUUCAGCAGCUGGGCAGGCUGGAUGCAGAGUGACUGUUCAUAAGUCUGAUAAGUGAGCUCGCGUCAACAGGAAACGAGAGAGAGCGCGCGCUGCUGACAGAAGUGAAACCUGCCUGGAUGAAGGUGAAGCUGCCUUUCUUCUGUCAGCUUUGGCCCCACAAUGCCCUGGUUGUGUCGGUGAUCUGAGGCGAUGGAGAGCUCGUCGUCCACCGUGAGGCGGCGAGCCUGGAUCAACAGUAGCCGACAGUGGCUCACUCUGGAGGAAUCAGACGCUGAAGGACCGCCACUGAGCAGCCUCCAGUCUUCAUUUAUAGCGGACGAUGACGUCUUUUCUGAAGGAUGCUACACAGGAAAGAUUGAGACCUGGCUCCUAGGCUGUGGGUCGGGUGCUCGCACAGAAAACAGCAGUCAGCCGAGCUUUGAAUCAGUGCUGAAAACCAACAACUUUGAUGAUGAGCUGAGUCUUGGUGCUGACGCUUCUGUUAUAAAUGUUGAAGAAGUUUCAUCUAAGACUGGCCUCCCACAGAAUCCUUCCUCUAAACAAAGCCGAGGCAGACUCACCUCCAGUACCCCUCGUCAGAAUCUAUGUCUGCCCUCACUAAACUUAGGCCACAGCAUGGCCUCCAGCUGCCUCUCUGCCUCUACCUGUAGAACAACAUCAAGUGUUUCAGAGGUCCUGCAGAUGUGCUCAGAGGAUGCAGAAGAGACGCUGUAUGAGCUCGGUUUUGGCUGCGACGAGCCGCAGGUCACCGUUCGAAUCCCUCCUCGCUUCUUCACCUUUCCCUCUCAGGCUAAAGGGAUCAACUUCCGCUUGUUUCUGGACUCACAGCUGCGACGGAUACGAGAGGAAGAUCCCAGCCUUUCUCUUGCAAGUCGUUUCAGACAAGUGCAAGUCCUCACAGCGAUGGCCAACGCUUUCUACUCCCUCUACUCCCACGUGUCUCGCACUCCUCUACAGAAACUGGCCACACCGGAGUUCUCCUUCUCCUCGUCUCCGGUGGAGAGGAUCGAGCGGUUCAGGAGCAACAUCCGCAGUGAGCCACGUUCCCCCGUGGAGAGGCUGAAGGACACUGUCUCCAAGAUGUGUCUUUACACGGGCUCUCCUCGCGGGUCGGACUCCACAUCUCCGCAGCCAUCACCCAGGAAGAGAUCCAGCCUGCCUGAUGUUGUGGAAAUCAUGCUGGAGAAAGUCAAAUCAGGGGUGACAAAGAAACUGGAUAUGGGGGGAUUUAGCCGGGCUAAUUCAGCUGUUGAUGUGCAUAUGGGGACAGAUGUGGAUGAAUCCUGUGGCAACAGAAAACGGGAGCAAACACAACAGAGCGUGGCAGAUGUAGAAACUCUGAAACAUGAAAAUAAAGGCUGUCUUGAGGAAAUGCAGGGCAGCCAAGACAGCAGUAUCAAACCUACAUAUCUUAAUAGCAGGAUUCACUGCGAAAGAACAUCUGUAGCAUCAUCAUUAUCAGGAGAAACUGUCAUAGAAACAGAUUAUCAGAUUCUCUCAGCUCAAAGUGACACAAGAGCUGCUCAUCUGAAACCCGCUGCCAAGGUUACACAUGAUCUAAUCUGCCCGAGGAUAGUGGAGAAUGUACACACAGCGCCUUUCUGCACAUAUGAUCCGAAAACGAACAGUUUAGCUCUUACCUGCUCUGAGACACAAGGCACAGAUAGACCCUGCCCUGGGUCAGAAGUGGCAAUCUCUGGAGAGGACUCAGGUAUUGUUUUACAUGAGUUUAAACCACUUCCUGUCCUUGCUGACAAUAACAGCCAAAUGCAGUACUGCAUCACUGUAACUGGCUUGGAGGGGGAUGAUGUUGAUUCAUAUCAACAGUACACAGCAGAUUCCACUCAUACUUCAGCUGUCCAAACAUGUGAGGAGUCAUCCAUUGAGGGGAAGAGUCGAUUCCUGAGUCCACUGACACAUCAGGGACGGGGGCUCACCUACAACAACCUGCCGCAGGUUAACUCCUUUGAGCUGGAAGAGGUGCACAGUGCAGGGGAGGAAGAUUUUGGACAAUCAGUCAGAACAACUUCACCAUCUUCCAAAAAUCAUCAAAACAGAGGUGAAGUGGUGCGUGGAGAUAGUGUGCAGUCUGACAGCAGUGGCUACGCAGAUGAAGAAGUCAGCCCGGCAUCCAACACCCAUGGCAGAUGAUGGAAACAAGAAUGGUGUGGGAAAAAGUAUUUUUUUUUACUUUUUCUUCACUAAGGAUUUAAUUUUACUGACUUAGGAUUUGGUGGACAAAACGAGAGCCUUCAGCCCACAAGAUGAAGACAUCGUCGUACUUUCAGAGACUUCAAAUGUCCCUCCACUGAAGAUUUUUAAUGAAAUAACCAAACAUAUUUAAA